UAAAAUCAUCCAGGAGGCAAACGGAAAAGCAUCAKAACGAAUACAAAUACCGCGUUCAGAAAUUCCCACACCUGCYUGUUGUUUUGUACCUUACGUACGGUACCACUCGCGAAGACCAAGUUCCUUGUUCUUCCCAUAUUUUAAAUUCGAUCGACACCUCAAAACACCCUAGACCAUGUCGACCGCCAUGAAAGCAUCGAUCCUGGCAUCGCGCCAGGCGGCACGCUUGAACCCGCUUCGUUCGUUUGCCUCUACCGCAUCGUCGAACUCGAUCGUCUUCCACCUGACAUCGAUCGACCGAGACGAGAAGAACAACCUKUCCGUCAGCUCGCAGCGACGGGCCUUUUCCAUCAAGAUCCCCAACGCGGCGUCUUCCACCUUUCGAAAGAACGCCGCCCUCCCACCCAUCGACGUCGUUUCCAAGUCGUCCCAGAAACACUCCGCCUCCACCAAGGCGGCGGACGACGACGAGAACGACACUCUCUCCAAGGCCCCGGUCAGAAAGGCCGCCUCGGACCAGUCGUCUGGCAUGGACAUUCUCGGCAUCGGCACCAUGAUUCCCGAGUGGAAGAAGAUGUUCAACAAGGACACAUUGUUCACGGAUGUUUCCGCCGGACUGACGGUGGGAUGUGUCGCCGUUCCCCUCAACCUGGCAAUCGCCCUCGCCUCUGGGGUUCCCGCCGAGGUGGGAUUGGUCACCGCGGCCGUUUCCGGAGUUGCCGCCGGACUCAUGGGAGGAACCACCCUCGCCGUGACCGGGCCCGCCGCCGCGAUUUCUCUCCUGGUCGUCGGAGCCGUCGAGCAGCACGGAUUGGAAGCCCUGCCCCUMAUCACMCUSGGAUGUGGAGCMCUCCAGCUAGCCUCGGGUGCCUCCAAGCUCGGUGUCGUUGCCAAGCUCUGCCCGGUCAGUGUCAUUGCCGGUUUCACCACCGGUGUCGGUACCCUGAUUCUCACGAACCAGCUGCCCAAGGCCCUUGGCAUGACCGCUCCCUCUGGCCUCAAUCCCAUUGAGCUCCUUGGAUUCAUCGGCGAGCAUUUUGCCGCCCACGCGAACCCGGCCUCUGCCGCUCUCGCCAUUGGAACCUCGGCUGCCAUGUUUGCCCUCCCCAAGGUCCACCCSAAGAUGCCAUCGGCGCUCGUGGCCGUUGGUGGGGCCACCAUUGCCACCCACGCUCUUGGACUCGAUGUUUCACUGAUCGGAACCAUUCCUUCCGGACUCGAGGCCUUUCAGUUUGGAAUUCCGGUCCUCCCAGAGGUCGGUGCSAUUCCGUCGCUCGCCGCCACCACCUUUUUGAUCUACAGCAUGACCUCGGUUGAAUCGCUCCUCAGUUGYGCCGCCCUCGAAAAGAUGAAGAAGACGUCGUACAAGCACAACCCGGACCAGGAACUCAUCGGACAGGGUCUCGGAAACAUCGGAUCCGCACUGUUCAUGGGUAUGCCCGUCACCUCGGUCAUUGCCCGAUCGUCCCUGAACGCCCGCCUCAACGCCAACACGCGUCUCCCUGCCCUGAUCCAGUCCGGUUUUGUCUUUUCCACCGUUGUCUUCAUGUCCUCCACCAUUGCCAUGGUCCCGAUGCCCGCACUYAGUGGAGUUCUCAUGACCACCGGAAUUGGUAUGCUCAACCCCGCCGAAUUCAAGCACUGCUACGCCGUCCAAAAAUCCGACGCGAUUCCUUUUGCCGCCACCAUUGCCGGUAUGGUCUCCAUGGGACUCGCCGAGGGCAUCGGAAUCGGUUGCGCCACCGCCAUUGGAAUGAACGCCUACCAGACGUACGCCAACAACGCCGCCGCCACUUCCCCCGAGGCCCAGUCCGACAGCAAGAUGAAGGCCUUUGAAUUGAUCCAAUUGCCAGCCACCGCCAGCGAGGAGGCUGCCUCCGAUGCCAUGAUCUGGGAAGCCCGCUGCGGUAGCCAGCUUCCCGUCAGUCUUGAUGCCCGUGGAAUGCACACAAUGACUGCAGCCAGCGGUGAAAAGACCUUUGCCGACAGCGACGACGCCAAGAUGAUUGCCUCGGCCGCCCAGGACCCCACCAGAAACACCAUCUGGCAACUCAACGGACCGGUCAACUUUUUGUCCAUGUUCGAAAUCGACAACAUGAUCAAAAAGAUCGAGAACCGCGAUGCAACCACUGAUUCGAUCGUCGUCGACAUGCAGGGCGUCWCCWUGGUGGAAUUCACCGGAGCUGAGGAACUCGUCAACCGUCUCAUCGAGGCCAGCGACGACUACGGAAGCUGCCCUAUCCAGAUGAUCAACCUGACGCCGGACAUCGAGAAGGCCCUGGACCAGUGCGACCCCAAGGGACGCAUCGCACGCGUGUCCUACCGCCAAUAAAGAAACAAGGGAUUUGAGUAUUUUGCGAAACGCAUACCCCGAACGAAAACGAACWAACUCGAUCCGCGCAAGGCAUUCGGUUGCCGAUUUUGAUGAACCUUUUUUGUGAUUCCGCCAUCGAUUUUUUAGAGCCUAAACCAACUAAURACGAAGAUGGCGAGAGUCGUCCGGAACAAUAUGAUGGUAUCGACUGCUUCGUGUACGAACAAUCUUUCAAUGACGUUAUGUGUAAAACUAUCUGUUGCCGCUCAAUCGACAACAAAUCAGUACUUCCUCUAAUGACUAAAAAAAAUAAAAAUGACAUGUAUUCGCGACAAGAUUACAAUCGAUGCUACUGUAUAAAUAAUGAUAGAUGUU